AUGGCGGAGGCGCGGGUGCGGGGCGCGUUGCAGGCGGAGGCGGCGGCGCUGCGGGCGGGGGCGGCGGGCUGGCGGGCGGCGCUGGCGGCGGUGGCGCCGCUGCUGGACGCGCUGGCCAACCUGGCGGCGCAGAUGCGGGCGGCGCGGCGCGUGGCCCUGCCCCGCACCCCCCUGCGCGCCUUCCCCGCGCUCGGCCCGCGCCUCCGCCACAAGCAGCGCGGCGCCGCCACGGCCCUGCGCCACCGCCUCGCCCGCAACCUGGCGGCGCUGCAGCAGGUGCGGGACGCGGCGAGCGGGCGCGUGGGCGCCGUCUUCCAGCUGUACGAGGCGGCGGCGGCGGCGGGGGAGCUGGGGCUGGCGGCGGCCGUGCGGCGCUCGGCGCUGAGCCCCUCCUUGGCGGACGCGCUGGCCUGGCUGCGGGACGCGGAGCGCUGCUACCGGCAGGCGUAUCCUUCCCGGCGGCGGGGGUCGGGCCGUGGGAGCAGGCGCUGCCUGCGGUGUUGUCCGUCGUGCUCCCCACGUGGGACCUUAGCUCCGGCAAGGUACCUGGAGUGCGAGCUGCUCCUGCUCCGCGCGCACCGCGAGGACUUGUCGGAAAUGGAGGCGCUGCCGCGGGCCUGGGGGAGGCUGUUGGAGCGCCACAACCCGGACGUCGUGGAAGACGCUCUGCUGAAGGCCUCGCUCUUCCUGGAGACCGGGUGAGAGCUGCGUCCUCGCGCUGCCCAGCCGGCAGAGAGGACGGCAGGGACCUCGGAGCAGCGCCCAGGCCCAGGCUUUGCGGCGAGCAGGGGGAGCCUGGCCGCGGUCGGUCGGUGGGUGGAGGGCCGGGCGCACCCUGCUCUGAGCUGUUUUAGGAGGCUCUUGCCGAGUGGGAUGAGCCUGUCUGACGGCUGAGGGGCGAGCAGGCCCUGUUGCAUCAGCGGUCUUGUUCUUGGAGGACAUGGGAGGAAGGUUAUCUUUGGUCCCGGGAGACCCAGUAAUACCUGCUCUCACAGGUGUCUUGGAUAUUAAAGGCAAAACAGUGCGCAUGGAAAAAAA